ACUCUAGAUAUACACACUGCAACAGUGUAUGUAUACUCGAGAAUAAGACAAACUGGCACAUCUUCUCUCGUCAUGGCUGUCCCUCAGUUCGCCGGCAUGUCCGGCCGGAAGCUGUCGUGGUCCAUCUCGACCAUUGCCACUUUAGGCUUUCUCCUGUUCGGUUAUGAUCAGGGUGUCAUGAGCGGUAUCAUCAGCGCAAAGCCUUUCAACACCGUCUUCAAAGCAACAGAGGACGACUCUACCAUGCAAGGUACCGUGACUGCCAUCUAUGAAAUCGGCUGUCUCUUCGGUGCCAUGUUCAUCCUCUGGUUUGGCGAUUGGCUGGGCCGUCGCAAAUCAGUCAUGUUGGGCGCAGCCAUCAUGAUUCUGGGCGUCGUUAUUCAGGUCACCGCAUACACUGGCCACGUCCCUCUGGCCCAGUUCAUUGUUGGACGUGUCGUCACAGGUGUCGGUAACGGAAUCAACACCUCCACUAUCCCCACCUACCAGGCCGAGUGCUCACGUACCACUAACCGUGGUCUAUUGAUCUGUAUCGAGGGCGGUGUGAUCGCAUUUGGAACAUUGAUCGCUUAUUGGAUUGAUUUCGGCGCCUCUUACGGGCCGGAUGAUUUGACAUGGCGCUUCCCCAUUGCUUUCCAAAUCGUCUUUGGUCUUGGAAUUAUUGCUGGAAUGUUCUUCCUCCCUGAAUCCCCUCGUUGGCUCUUCAUGAGAGAGCGUUACCAAGAGGGUGAGGCGGUUAUUGCAGCUUUGUUGAAUGAAGAGACCAACUCCCACCACGUCCAGUUGCAAAAGACCUUGGUCUUGGAUUCAAUCCGCGCGUCUGGUCAAAUGGGUAAAUCGACUCCUCUCUCAGCUGUCUUCACUGGUGGCAAGACCCAGCAUUUCCGUCGUAUGAUGCUUGGUGCCUCCUCGCAGUUCAUGCAGCAGAUUGGCGGUUGCAAUGCUGUCAUCUAUUACUUCCCUAUUCUCUUCGAGAACUCCAUUGGGCAAACACAUACCAUGUCUAUGCUGCUUGGUGGCGUCAACAUGAUUGUCUACUCUAUCUUUGCCACCAUGUCCUGGUUCCUGAUUGAGCGUGUCGGACGACGUAAGCUCUUCCUCUGGGGUACUAUCGGCCAGUGUGGUUCUAUGAUCCUCACUUUUGCUUGCUUGAUUCCCGGUACUCCCGGCCCUGCCAAGGGUGCUGCCGUCGGUUUGUUCACGUACAUUGCCAGCUUCGGUGCCACAUGGCUUCCUCUCCCCUGGUUGUACCCAGCUGAGAUCUCCCCUAUCAAAACCCGCGCCAAAGCCAAUGCUCUUUCUACUUGCACCAACUGGCUGUUCAACUUCUUGAUUGUCAUGGUUACUCCCGUUAUGAUCUCAAACAUUAAAUGGGGCACCUACCUCUUCUUCGCUAUCGUCAACGCCUGCUUUUUGCCGGUUAUUUAUUUCUGGUACCCCGAGACAGCACGUCGUUCCCUCGAAGAGAUUGACAUUAUUUUCGCCAAAGGUUACACCGAGAAUAUCAGCUAUGUCCGUGCUGCCCGCGAACUUCCAUACCUUUCCGACGAGGAUGUGGAGCGUAUGGCCAUCCAAUACGGUUUCGGUCCUGCUGAAGUUCCCUCGGAUUCCGGAGAGAAGGCUUCAGCGCACAGCGAGGAGUUUGCCGAAACUACUGGUACCCCUAAGCAGGGCGAAGAACAUGUUUCAAAAAUGGUAUAAAAACAAGUACUACUUGCAUGUGCCGUGGGGUAUUUCCUUGGGUCAUAUCAUUCUCUGGUAUAUACAUAUACAUGUGAAAUGAUUGAUUGUUUGGAUAGAUGCACAUAAAGGAUAGAUAAGAGUUUUCUUUUGUCUAGCGCUUGUGAUUAAGCUUCGUUUUUGUCAAAUCUCUUGAUUCGUCUUGAUGGUUUGCUUUUUGGUUACGGGUACUGGAGAGCACGCAAUAUUGUUGCCUCCUAUGUUUUGAAUGGUUUUUUUUUUUUUUUUCUUUUUAAGAUACCACUAGAAGAUGUUGGAAAAUAUUUUAUGAUCGUU